AUGAUAACCUCAAUUUUUUCUUACACAAAAAUUUUUCACUCGCUGCGUCAUUACAAGAUUCAUGUCCAUGGACACGCCUCUCAAAGUCAACCAAGCCAAGUUAUUCCACUUAACGUAGACCGCUACAGAAAAGGAGUCCACAGCGCACUUUGGGUGCAGGUAGCAUUGAUUAUUUGUUAUCUGCCUCAUUUUAUAGCCGAAUCUUUAAUACGUCAAAACGGGUCGACUUCAUCAGUUUACUUGGCCGGGCAAUUUACAGUUACUUUAGUGUUGUUAAAUUCGUCCUUGAACCCUUUGUUGUACUGUUGG